GCGCUCUCGCAGUCUAUUUUGAAGGCAGGCGAUUGGAGCACAGCGCGGGGGUGAGGACGCCCGCCGUCAGCAUACACGCUACGCUACUCACCAUUAACCUGUCAUUUCAAGACAUAUCUGGCUUUUUUUUGAGCUCAACGUCGAGGCGAAUAUCCCUGACGCUCCAGCUCGCCGAAUCAAGGACGUUUUGUUAUUCUUAAAGCGUGUCCGAGUCCGAGACGGGAAGACAUGGCCACGACUACAUGUACGCGCUUCACGGACGAAUAUCAGCUGUACGAGGAGCUGGGCAAGGGAGCCUUUUCAGUGGUGCGACGAUGUGUAAAGUUGAGCACAGGACAAGAAUAUGCCGCCAAAAUCAUCAACACCAAAAAACUGUCCGCAAGAGAUCAUCAGAAGCUGGAACGAGAAGCUCGAAUCUGUCGUUUGCUGAAACACCCUAACAUCGUCCGUCUGCAUGACAGUAUAUCAGAGGAGGGCUUCCACUACCUACUCUUUGAUUUGGUAACUGGAGGGGAACUGUUUGAGGACAUCGUGGCCAGAGAGUAUUACAGUGAAGCAGACGCCAGUCACUGUAUCCAUCAGAUUCUAGACAGUGUCCAUCAUAUUCACCAACAUGACAUAGUGCACAGGGACCUGAAGCCAGAGAAUCUGCUCUUGGCCAGUAAAUGCAAGAACGCUGCUGUGAAGCUGGCCGACUUUGGACUGGCCAUUGAGGUGCAGGGAGACCAGCAGGCAUGGUUUGGAUUUGCCGGGACACCAGGUUACCUGUCCCCCGAGGUGCUGAGAAAGGAGGCAUAUGGCAAACCAGUGGACAUCUGGGCCUGUGGUGUGAUUCUGUACAUUCUGCUGGUUGGAUAUCCACCUUUCUGGGACGAGGAUCAGCACAAACUUUACCAACAGAUCAAAGCUGGAGCUUACGAUUUUCCAUCUCCAGAAUGGGACACAGUUACUCCUGAAGCCAAAAACCUCAUCAAUCAAAUGCUGACCAUCAACCCUGCCAAGAGAAUUACUGCACAGGAAGCUCUCAAACACCCAUGGGUCUGCCAACGCUCCACUGUGGCCUCCAUGAUGCACAGACAGGAGACAGUGGAAUGCCUGAAGAAGUUUAACGCCAGGAGGAAACUCAAGGGCGCCAUCCUCACCACCAUGCUUGUGUCACGAAACUUCUCUGUGGGUAGCAGGCAGACCACGGCUCCCGCCUCGGUCACUGCGGCUGCGGCUGCAGUAGCCGCGGCUGCAGGCACCACAGCAGGGCUGGUGGAACAAGCAGCCAAGACUUUGUUGAACAAAAAAGCAGACGUAAAGAAGCGGAAGUCGAGCUCUACCAUUCAGUACAUGCCCCAGACAAACAGCACCAAAAACAGCAUAGUCACCAGUCCCAAGGGAAACCUCCCCUCUCCUGCACUGGAGGCACAGACCACUGUCAUCCAUAAUGCAGUGGAUGGGAUUAAGGAGUCGUCGGACAGCAGUAAUGCCACAGUGGAGGAUGAGGAAAUGAAAGGAAAGGUUGUAGAUAACAGUUCAGUUCAGUCAAACCCCAGCGCCCCCCAGCCUGACCCCACCCACACUCCUCAAGGCCCCGCCCCCGCUGUCUUCACUGCCACAAAGUUCACUGAUCUGCUGGGUGUGGUGCGUCGGGGCUCUGUGCCCACAUCUGACGCUGAGGGGGGAACCACUACCACUCCAGCUGUUGUUGCUGCCCCCUCUACUCCCCAGACCCCCAGCAUCCCCACACAGAUGUCACGUUUGACCGAUCUAGUGAGCAGUGUGCGCAGACCCACAGUCCCGCAGACAGACAGUGAGCCAUCAGCUGCCAGCAGAGCCCUUUCCCCCCCAGUAUCUGUCCCAUCACACCCCUCCCCUUCCCCUGCCCAAGUGUCCUCCAGCCCCCUGCCGUCAGCACAUUCACGCAAACAGGAGAUCAUCAAAAUCACUGAACAGCUUAUUGAGGCCAUCAACAAUGGCGACUUUGAAGCCUAUGCUAAAAUCUGCGACCCUGGACUCACCUGCUUUGAACCUGAGGCCUUGGGAAACCUGGUGGAGGGGAUGGACUUCCACAGAUUUUACUUUGAGAACCUGCUCUCCAAGAACAGUAAGCCCAUCCACACCACCAUCCUCAACCCUCACGUGCACCUGAUUGGAGAAGAGGCCGCCUGCAUUGCCUACAUCCGCCUCACACAGUAUGUGGAUGGCCAGGGCCGACCGCGCAGCAGCCAAUCAGAGGAGACGAGGGUGUGGCAUCGCCGGGACUCCAAAUGGCAGAAUGUCCAUUUCCACUGUUCGGGAGCUCCUGCUGCCCCUCUGCAGUGAAGGUUGAGCUCAUUGUAGCAACAUCUAUCAAGAGAGCCCAGCCAGAAAUGGAGAGUGCAGGAGUGAAAAAGAGAGAGAGAGUGAGGGAGGGGGGAAGUUGGAGAGAGAGGGAGGAAGGAAAGCGAGCCCAGUGCUGGCCAGUGCCUGACCCUCUCACACUGGGCCCCGCCCCCUCACCUGUCAAUCACCUCACCUGCCAAUCACUUAUGUGCAUCGUCUUCUGUCUUACCUUCAACUUGCCCUCCUCCCUCCUUAAAAAAAACAACAACCCACCCCUCCCCGUGUCUUUCCACCCGUGCAGAGACUCCCCUUGUCGUGCACAUGUGCUGUGUGGAGUUGGACAGUCUUUGAUUAAAUACGGAUAAAUAAGGCCUCAGCGAGUCGUCUGUGAAACGCCAUGCUUUCCGUCGCACCUUCCCAGUGUCAAUAACGUUACACUGAAUCACCGUCCUCUCUUACAAGUGUUUUCAAUAUUAUUAUGAUUAUGAUUAUUGAUUAAUAUUGUUCUUACUGUUGUUAUAUUAGUAUUAAAUACAAAAGCAAUUGUACGUGUCACUUAUACCACUCACGUUCUGGAUGCCAAUGAUUUUACAUCUAUCUAAGACUUUUUGUCGUUUCCAAAUGAUAUUUUGGAAGAGCAUGACUUUUUUCAAUAUUAUCCACUGUGGCUGUCCUUUCCUUGGUGGUUUCGGAGAAAUAAUGGCCGCCGUUUAUGUACAGGCUUCUCAAUGUGAUUCACAUCUAACCGACGCGUCCGUCCAUGUGUGUUCAGACAUAAGUGGAUGAUGUGUGUUAGCGCGCGCCCGUGUGACUGUUUUGAGGCAGAUUUUACCAGAGCCUGGUCAAGAACGACGUGACGUUCGGGGUCUUCCAGCUUUUAGACGUUGUGUUUUUCCACACGUUUGGAAUAAUUCAGAUUUCCUGGCAGUUUGGCGAACAAUUCCUGGUUUUUCGGAAAGCCACAGUCGUGCUUUAUAUGUAACCCGUGACACCGAUUGCAACCUUAGUAUUAGAUGUUGCGUUUUUUUCCUCUCGUUAUUUUCAGUCUUCAGCUGAGCCAGUGGUGUUAAGAGAGCACCAGACUUGAUUAAACCUGAAUAAAAGCCAUACCUCCGCAGGCAAAUCAGGUGGCCUUCUCAUAUAAACAAAGAUAUCUAAUGACUUUGUGUUUCUACACUAGUCAUAGUAAAGGUCUAAAGCGUUUAGAGGCCAACCAAUCGAAGGAAUCAACUCAAUUUGGCAGCGCUGAAGAUUUUGGUGGUGUUUAGCUUAUUAAAUUUGCUCUUCAUCUCUUCUUUUGACAUUUGUACUUUACUCAACAUGGUGUUCAGCUGAGCCAGUGGUGUUAAAAGAGCGCCCAGACUUGAUUAAACCUGAGUAAAAGCCACACCUAAGGUGACCUCUUCAUAUAAACAAAGAUAUCUAAUGACUUUGUGUUUCUACACUAGUCAUUGUGAAGGUUUAAAGCAUUUGUAGGCCAACCAAUCGAAGGAAUAAACAGAAUUUGUCAGUGCUGAAGAUUUUGGUGGUGAUUAGCUUCAAACAUUUGCUCUUCUCCUCUUCUUUUGACAUUUAUAUUCUACUCAACAUGGUGUUCAGCUGAGCCAGUGGUGUUAAGAAAGCGCCCAGACUCGAUUAAACCUUGAUAAAAGCCAUACCUCAGCAGGCAAAUCAGGUGACCUCCUCAUAUAAACAAAGAUAUAUAAUGACUUUGUGUUUCUACACUAGUCAUUGUGAAGGGUUAAAGCCUUUGGAGGCCAACCAAUUGAAGGAAUCAACUAAAUUUGGCAGCACUGAAGAUUUUGGUGCUGUGUAGCUUAUUAAAUUUGCUCUUCUCCUCUUCUUUUGACAUUUGUAUUUUACUCAACAUGGUGUUCAGCUGAGCCAGUGGUGUUAAGAGAGCGCCCAGACUCAAUUAAACCUUAAUAAAAGCCAUACCUCAGCAGGCAAUCAGGUGACCUCCUCAUAUAAAACAUUGUGUUUCUACACUAGUUAUAGUGAAAGUUUAAAGCGUUUAGAGGCCAACCAAUUGAAGAAAUCAACUAAAUUUGGCAGCGCUGAAGAUUUUGUGGGUGUUUAGCUAAUUAAAUUUGCUCUUCUCCUCUUCUUUUGACAUUUGUAUUGUACGCAACAUAGUGUUGACUAUAUUACUCAUUCUAUUUUUGAGAGUUUAUAUAUAUUUUGUUUGUUGUCUGCGUGCAAAACUUUUACGAAGAGUGAACUAUUUGUAACCCUGGAUCCUUUUUAAACACGUGUUUACCUUUUGGAUGGGCAAAGUGCAAGGUGUGUUUGGAAGAAUCAAGUGACGAGUCGCAAUCGGCAGCAAUAGUUUUAUAUUUCAGAUGGCGACAAUUUUGAAGUGUGCGUCACACCUUGUGCAACUUUACGCUGGUUUUCCAUCUACGUUAGAAGGGUUUGUUUGAUCAGAGUGACAUCAUGUGACUAUUUUAUUGACUGAUUGUGUCCUCAGGUUGUAUUUAUUUAUUUGAUAUUAUCGCAACUUCUUAAGUUUGAACACUCAUUAGCGUUGAGCCACGUCAUAUCAAUGAUGACUACUGAUCGUUGUUUUUUUUGUUGUUGUUGUUAUUGAAACAAUCGCCUUUCACAUGGAUAAAAAGAGGGAAUCUUGUGAAGUCAACUCAAAGAAAGCGACCCCGUGAGCCACGUGUGUGUGUUUGUGCUCCGGUGUUCUGCUUCGGAUACAGUUGCGUCUCAUUCUUGGAUGCUUAAUCUCAUCCCUGUGUUUAUGCGAGUGAUCCACAGCUGUUCCUUCCCUUGAAAAAAUGACAAAAUGACAAAAAAACCCUAUAAAACAGCAUGUAAAAAGUGUACUGUUCUCUCUGUGUUUAGCAACCUAAAUCUCAUGUUAACGAGUGAAAGUGCUCAUCACUAUUAAAACAGGACACACAGUGCGUUUACUUGCAUUUCAGCUGGAAUUUCUUUGCAUGACAGUCACUUGAACACUAGGGUUUGGUGUUAUUUCUCUUUUUGAUUUCUCGUUUUUUUUUUUCUAUUGAAUGCUGGUUUUGCCUAAACCUUUCUCUUAUCUGUUUACCAGCUUUGUUAAGUGCAAAUAUAUAUAUAUACACACAUCUAUAUAUAUAAUAUUUUUGUCCCAAAAUGAUGGCAGUGUAAAUGACGAAGACUAUAGCUAUGAAAUGGUGGUAUUAAAUGAUGGAAAUGGUGAUAUUUCUACGGCAUGCUUUUGUAUUAAGCCUCAUUGUUGUCGAUGCAGGGUGACUGAUAUUUAUAUAAAUGACUAUAAGAUUACUCAAUAGUAUGAGACUGCUUGACUUCAGAGAAGCACUUGCAAUAUAUGCUAAAUAUGCAUGGGGUUUUCCAAAUCUCUUUAAGCUCAAUUGGACACUGUCUUGCUGUUUGUGCUUUACGGAUGCUCACCAGACCUGAGUGGCCAAUAAAAUCUGACUUUUAUCAGUAUUUGAAGACUAUUAAUGACAAUUAUAGCUCGGUAGAUGACAGUAUUUCCACCUGCGCCAUCCGUCUUUUAAGCUCAGGACUGUUUCCGUUCAACUCGUCGUAUCAUUUCUGACUGGAAACGGUUCCGGAUAGUUUCUCUGAAGUUGAGUUAUCUCACAGUAGCCCUCUGUUAGUUUUGUUUUUUCGGUAUAAGAUAAUAUUCUCUUUGAUUUCUGAUGAUUCUUACUCUUGUUAUUGCUCUGUUCUCCGACAUGCUCUGUGUAUUCCCUGACUUAAGCAAAUGUGUUCAAAAAGAUAUAAAUAAACGAGAUGAUUUAAAUACUAAA